GUGCCAUCUAAAAAUAAGCCAGGCUGCAAACCUUAGUACUCUCCGUUAAAAUUAUAGUCUCCGACUUGCUGUACUACUUGAAAAUAGUUUCAUAUCGUACUUUAGCGUGUACUAAAGCCGAAAAAAUGGGAAACGCUACCAGCAAUCUGUUCGGAGACAACAACUGGUGGACCAGCGCCCAAAACAAUUGCGACUCGACCCCAGGCGCUUCCGCGAUCCAGAAUCGCGGCAGUCCAAAUCCAGACGACGAUAAAAGAGCAUCGCGCGAACUUUCCGAGCCGCACAAAGAACGACUCGACGAGUUCAAGUUGGAACUUGCCCGAAAACACGAAAAACGAAGGCAGAUCCUACAGGAGAAGCGAAUGGAGAUGGAGGAGUUGAGGGAGGAGGUCGUCAGACUCAAAAAGGAAAACCAAGAAUUAAGACAGGCGUCGGCAGUGAAGUGUGAUAGUGUUCCCGAUAGUGUCGGCGUGGAAAUCGAACGACUUCGCAAGGAAAAUGAAUGUUUGAGGGACGUUCUAGAGGAGAAGUCGAAAUUGUUGGAGGCUAGUGACGAUAUCAUAGAGAGGAACCGCGAGUUGAGGGUGAGCAUAGCAGAGAUGCAAAGGGAGCUUCAGAAUUUGAACAAGCAGGUGGUGGAUUUUGAAAAAGAGAGGCAGGAUUACCAGGCGCACGUGGUGGCGCUGAAAGAUGUUAUUGCUGUGUCCAAAAAUAUGUUACAGAUCCGGGAAUCUCAGCUUAAAGAGUUGAAGGAAAAAGUAGAAAACAUAGAACAGUCCCUGGCAGGGAGAGAGAUGAACAUCCUCUCUCAAGACUUGAGAAAUGAGUACGAGCGCCAACUUCAGAAUAUAAGGAACCUCAGAACACUGUACGAAGAGCGGCAAAGGGUGCACAAGAGAGAGAAAGACGAGUUGGUAUCUCAAUUGGAUGACGUCAGGAAAGAACUUGCUACAGAACAAACCAGAGUCAGGGAACUUGAGGAAAGAAUCAGGAUACUGGAAGAAGACAGCUCCAAGAAGUAUGACGAGAUAAAAACUCUGGAAUCCAACCUCGGUUUGACCAAAGCUGAGAGCCGUCAGUACCAAGCAGAACUGACAGUGAUAAACCAGCUGUUUUCAGAGAUACUGUUGGGCUUCAACAGUUCCCAAGACAUAGAUCUGGACAAGCUGCAGAAGCAACUCGAGGACCAUCGUGAUCUCCUUCAAGACAUCGUCAUCAACGAGAUUUCACCGGAGGUGUCAUCUGCCUUGCCCAAAGUCCUGCUGGAGUUGCUUAGUCAAGUGGAUGAAGAUCCUGUACCAAAAGAAGAUGGAGAGGAAGCGGGUGAUGGUAAACUAGAAACUAUUAAGGAAGAAUCAGAAUCCCAGACGUCCUCUGUCCACCAGAUGAACAGUGCUGAGGAAAUCGUAGAAAAUUUACCCAAAGUUUGGAAAGUCCUGAUAGAACUGCUCAGCCACCAAAAAGCACCAACCAACAACUUAACCGACGACGAAGAGGAUGACAAUCCAUGCUACAAGACAGUCCAAACGCCAAAAGGUCCUAGCGUGGUCCUCAGCGUUAGUCAGACGUUCAUUCGACUGAAGAAUCUCAUCUUGGAGAAGAAAUCCUUAGAGAAGGAAACGAAUCAUCUAAAGCAGUUGAACGGACACUUGGAGAACCGUCUACAAGACCAGGAGAAGAGACUGGAACUGGUUCAAUCGGAGCUAUCCAAAACGUGGCUGGUGGUGGGCAAGUUGCAGAAGCAGCACCAGAUGCUGCACACCCAGGAGAAGAUUCUGCGUUACGAGCUGGCCCAGAAGAGGAAACUGCUAACCGAGCUAAAAGAGGAACUGGAGUACAGCAGGGAGAAGUGGACGCAGGCUAGGGAAAAAAACUCCAACACGGAACAGCAGUGGAAGCUGUUGAGGACGGAGUUCGCUUCCCGCCGGAACACCGUCGCUAACGACAACAGCGUCGAGAGCGGCUACAGUGACGACCGCGAGUCUUCCAGCAGCGAUGAGGAACCGGGUUACGAGACUGACUUGUCAGAAUGCACGCAGAAGGCUUCCGGCAGUGAUGACCUGUCGGAUAAUAAGGAAAUCGUGGGCGGCGCCACCAUCUUGGCCUUGAUAGAGGACGAAAUCGUGGAAAUUGUUUGCGCAGAUUCGAAUGAUGUCCAUUCCGAACUGAAGACUGACUCAGUACAAAAUCAAGAGAAAUUUGAAAAGACGGGAGAGUGUAGGAGUGUACCUGAUACGAAUAUAGAGGCAGCGGGGACCUCAACGGAAGACAGUAGAUUUAAGGAAACGGCUGAAGAUGUAGCGGAGUGUGUAGUACCUGAAGCAAAUGUAGAAAUUGAGGAAGAGUUAAGUAUAGGAACCUCGCAAAAUGAACCAUCAGAGAGUGAGGAAUCACACGAAUCAGAAACAACAAGAAUUCCCGAGGAAGACGACAGGUCACGAGGGUUCCUCGAAGAAGUUCUGGCGCAAAGAGAUGCGAGACUGAGAAGAAUGGAAGGUCAAGCUGAGCAGCUGGUGACUAUGGCGGCGAACACCGCUAACAGGAGUGUAGUUAUUUCGAGUAGACUAGAUGAUUUACAUGACACAUACGGACAGAGUUCUAGUGAAUUAGUGCCGAUUGGGAACGUAGUACGUAAUGAUGAAGACGUAGAUGUAAGGCCUACCGAGGACAAUCAAGAAUAAGGUGACAUAUCAACAAUGCUAUCCUAUUUGUAGGUACAACUAAUUUUACUGUGAAUUUUUAUGUCUAGUCGGUUUUACCUCUUUCAUUGUCCGUAUAAUUAUUAUGUUUAGAUGUACUAUUUUUGUAAAUUCGUUGUCUCGUAUAUUGUUGUUUAAUAGGUUACCUAGUUAUUUGAUUUUAGUCUACAACGAAUUGUUUACUCGAAGAUUGUCUUUUAUAGGUUUUUGUAUGACAAUGCCAAUCGCCAAUAAAGAAAUGUGAUAUGUAA